AUGGCGAGCGCUACUGGCACCAGCAGGGCCGCGGCGCUGCUCUUCGCCUUCUCCGCCGUCGUCCUCUUCCUCUUGCGCCUCCCGCCACCGGGCCUCGCCGUCGCCGACCUGCUGGUCUCCGCGCUCGACCGCCUCCUCGACGGGCGCGGCGGCCUGCUGGAGCUGGCCACGCGCAGGAACAUGAUCCUGCUCUGCCACGCCAUCCUCUUCCUCAUCCUCAGGGACGCCGGGGUCCUCGGCGCGCCCGCCCGCCGUCGCAGCCGCAGCGGUUGCCCGCCGGGCGAGGCAACCUCCGCCGUCGCCGUCGCCGCCUCUGGCACAGAAAUCGCCUGCUCCGCCGCACCGAUUCCGGCUCCGGCUCGGCCCGGCCCCACGCCACCAGGAGCGCCGUCAUCUGGCGCCGGCGGCCGCGGAACAGGGCCGUGGAUCUGCCGGCCGGCGAUAGAGGCGGUGGCGACAUGGGCGGAAGAGGCCGCCGCCGUGGCCACCAAACAGAUCGUCCUCGUGGAGUCGCCCAGGAAUGACGACGACGACAUGCUCGACCACCAUGAUCGCGCGGCUGUCGUCGAACCACUUGAGCAUCCCACCACAGCGAUUGCGGCGGACGGCGAGAGGGACGACUGCGAUGAUCGCCGCAUCAUCGCCGCCGCCGACGACGACGACAAGCGCAUUGACGACACGGCCCGGGAGCAGCAGACGGCGGGAAUGGAAAUGGAAAUGGAAAUGGAACUAGCCGACGACAGGACGUUCGAGGAGUUCAUCGAGAGCCAGAGGAGGCAGAUGCGGCAGGAGAGCCUGCAGCUGGUCAGGGUCAGCGCACCAGAAGCAGAAGCGGAAGCAGAGGGCGAUCGGGAUCAGAAACAGAGCUCUCUCGCUCUCAGCAGUGAGGCAGUCGCCGUCGCUGUGGACUCGGGAAUCAAUCAAGUCAAGGUUGAUUACGUACGUACAAAAUAUCCGCCAAAACACGACGAGUCAGUGGUAAUACGAGACGGGCAUAAUUUGGACUUGGACACUGCCAGCGCAACGCUGCCUAGUAUAACCGUGUCUAACUCUGAAUAA